AUGGCCUCACUACUUUCAAGCUUUUUCAAAUCCGAUCGUCAGAGUACUCCUGGACCCACAUCACGCCAAUCCCUACACACACUUAGGCCACCUUCCACGACCGCCUCUCAACCCUCGCCAGCAGCAGAAAACCCAGCCAACCAGCCAAUCCAAGAACCACAAAAGCCGAUCUCAGCCAUACCUCCGGUAUUCGAUGACUUUGAGGCUUGCCUCACUUACAUACGAGAGUACAAAUUAGACCCUGCCGAUUCCUCUCAUGAGAAGGAAUGGUCUUUUGCAUGGAACUCCAACUUGGAGGGGCAUUACAACCCGGUUUCAAUGGGGGGAAGGCCAUAUGAUGGGGUGCAUCGUAUAACGGCAUGGGAAGAUACAAACCUCUGUGCAGCGUGGAUCGACGAACUCGAGAAACUGCUGAUUUUCGCUGGUCUUUUUUCUGGCGUCGUCACUGCAUUUGUGAUCCAAUCCUAUCAAAUUCUUCAGGAGGAUCCGAACGAGGUUUCAGCACGCAUGCUUACACAGAUAGCGACCCAACUCGGUAACCCUUCCGCGCAAGCUCUUACCCCACUACAAAUAUCCCCACCAUUCUCUCCUCCACGCUGGGCUGUGAUCGUGAACAUAGUCUGGGUUAUAAGCGUUUCCUUAUCCCUCAUAGCUGCCCUAGCCGGGAUUCUGUGCAUGCAAUGGAUCCGUGAAUUCCGGCGUGAAACGAACCUGUCUGCCAAAGAUAAGCUGUCAUUGCGCCAGUUGCGUUACGAUGGCUUGCAACGUUGGCACGUCCCAACCAUUAUGACAGCGCUCCCUGUCAUGCUUCAACUUGCUCUCUUGCUCUUCUUCGCGGGCCUGCUCCAGUUCAUGUGGAAUCUCCAUGUAGGCCUUGCCAUCUCCCUCCUCGUUGUCCUUGGGCCUGUCAUCGUGUUCUACUUUGCAAGUACUUUCGCGCCAGCGGCUCAGUUUUGGUAUGGCAAACAAUGGUUCAUGGGCCCUCAAUGCCCAUACAAAUCGCCUCAAGCUUGGGUGGCCUUAAAAUGCACAGUGUAUUUCGCUGCAUUCGUUGUUGCAUGUGUUCGGGUUUGUAGACGUGGUGCUAGUCUCUUGAGAGAGAAACGCUUUGGCGUUGGAAUCCCUGUCGAUCCAGAACAAGGAUUACAUGCAGUGGACCCCCAGGGGAAGGUUGACACAGCAGCGACAGCGGUGACGCCUGUAUUUGGCGUGCCGGCAGCUGCAGUGGUCCAACAGCCCGACAGGAGUCAGUCUAUACCAGCUAUUACGGUCUAUCCCCCCUCUUCCGGCAGUCCAAGCACAGCAUCAUAUACAACUGCUGCCAGCUCUGUUGGAGACGUAUCAGAUAGACCGUCCCUAUCGGAAGACUCCAACCAGGCCCAGGAAGCCACAUCAAAGGUAUUGGCGAACCCCAGCUCCUUGGUUGACACUCCUGAUAGAAAGGCGUCCGAUUUGAGCGCUUUCCACUCUUCCCACUUUUCCUUGCACGCUGCUUCGCCAACUUCAGGUACACCUGUCAUUUCAAACAGUGCUGUUCACAUGGCUAUACCUUCGACAACCGCCAGUGUAACCACCUCUCCAGCCAAAAGUGUGGUUGCCCAAGGGAAUAAUCUUAGUUCAGCCGACCCCACGAAAUCUCAGCCCAAUGCCGACGCCUCACUACCAACCAACGUUCAAGUACCUCAAACGGGAGUGUCUCAGAACAAUUCACCGACGACCUUGGCUGUACAAAAUGUUACCAACUCGCAGGGCAGGAGUUCAACGCUCAAGCCACGACGUUACCUAGAAGGUCAAACCAUCCAGUCCUGGAACGAGUACGACACCCAGUGGCGUCGGUAUCGACAUGAUCACAACUCGGCUAACGAAUUUCGCGACUUGGCGAAAACGCUCAACUGGAUCAUCAGCGCGCAAUCCCCACAUGCUUACGACAUUCGCUUCGUCAUCUUCGCGUUGUAUACCGCCUCCCUGUCAGAUCCUGAUGCCGCGAUUCCCGUUCUUGAGCACUUGCGGAACCGUCAUGUACCGGAGAAGGAGGUGAUAGUACCUUGUUUGAUUGGCCUUCUCAAACACCUAUCGAGAGAGGUGGACCCUACGGAUCCUACUCUAGCCAAUGUCAACCUUCCUACUCUCAAGUCCGACAUGAUUCUCGCAUGUAGUAUGAUGUACUUUCCACAAGACAACGAGACCAAGGAAGUUUUCAUCAAUUCUUUCCUGGAGCUGUGCAUACGAGUUUUGAACGCCCCUGUGGCUCUUGGGUUGUGGGACGUUCAUGACGUUCAUGACCCAGAUACCGAGGCCUGCAAUCUGUUUUCGUAUUUCGAUCACACAUUUCGACCGCAUACUGAAAGAUUUGACCUUAUUCAUUCAAAUGUGCUCGAACAACUCAUUCAUCUCGUCACAAGUAGACCCAUACUGGACCACACCACGAAAAAACUAAACCUGGCCUUUGAAUUAUUCUUUUGGGCGGUCAGGCAAGUUGCCAUUAAGAAACUGAAGGACGAGGACGCUAUGGAACUCAGCAAGGCGAUAAUGUCUGCUAGCCAGCACCUCGAAGGUUGGAUGACGGAAAAGAUGCAAGGCCUGACCAAGGGGGAUUCUGAAGGAUUCGAGACAUUGCUUGAGUGUGUCGCCUGGGUGCUUGGAGCAUUUGCUUACAUUUCCCCCCUCGCGAAAGAAAGCGAUGGAGUCGUCUCUGAAUGGACCAACGACGAAGCCCCUGAGCAUAAGCUUAUCAAAACGUCGCUCUUCAUCUUUAUGACCGGGACCGUCCUCCAGAAAUCGACGACACUUGGGUACAAAGUCGGGCACUAUCUUCCAGACGCCUGGGGUCGGCCACAGCACCAGACAAGUGACACUGAGACGGGCAUGAAAUCUCUGCGUACUUUGAUCUAUCAUUUCGGACUGAGAGAAUGGGCAAAGGAGUUUGUUUUUGCGGUAGAGUACUUGAAGUUGGAUCUUAGAAAUAGAAAAAUGUAA